AUGGCAUUCAGAAACGUGCCCUUUCGCUCUGAGGUCCUGGCCUGGGACCCUGACAUGCUUGCAGACUAUUUCAAGAAGCUGAACUACAAGGACUGUGAGAAGACUGUGAAGACAUACCACAUCGACGGGCUGCGGUUUUUGAACCUGGCAGAGAAUGACAUCCAGAAGUUCCCUAAACUCCGGGUGCCGAUCCUCAGUAAGUUAAGUCAAGAAAUCAACAAGAAUGAAGAGAGAAGGAGCAUUUUCACACGCAAACCCCAAGUCCAGCGGUUUCCUGAGGAAACAGAAAGCCAUGAAGAAGACAAUGGAGGCUGGUCUUCCUUUGACGAUGACUAUGAAAGUCCCGAUGAUGAUCAGUAUGGGGAGGAUGACGGUGACUAUGAGUCCCCCAAUGAAGAGGAAGAGGCUCCCACGGAAGAUGACGCCGAUUAUGAGCCACCACCCUCCAAUGAUGAGGAGGCUUUGCAGAACUCCAUCCUGCCUGCCAAGCCUUUCUCCAGCCCCAGCCCCAUGUACAUAGACCGGCCCCACUCCGGGAAAGUGCAGCAGCCGCCCGUGCCCCCGCAGAGGCCGAUGGCCGCCAUCCCUCCUUUGCCCUCCGGUGGCCGGGCUCACUCGCCACUACCGCCACCCCAGCCCAACCACGAAGAGCCUGGCAGAAGCAGGAACCACAAAACAGCAAAGCUCCCUGCUCCUUCCAUAGACAGAAGCACGAAACCGCCCCUAGAUCGUUCCUUAGCUCCGUUUGACAGAGAGCCCUUCGCACUAGGAAAGAAACCAGCGAUUUCUGACAAGCUCUCCGCCCCAGCAGGAAGGCCUCUCGGGGAGCAUUUACCCAAGAUACAAAAGCCCCCGUUGCCACCAGCCAUGGAAAGGCACGACAGAAGCAGCCCCCUGCCAGGGAAGAAGCCACCUGUGCCAAAGCAUGGAUGGGGAUCAGACAGAAGAGAGAAUGAUGAAGAUGAUGUACAUCAGAGAUCUCUGCCCCAGCCAGCACUGCUCCCCAUGAGCUCCAACACCUUCCCUUCCAGAUCUACCAAGCCAUUGCCCAAGCACUCCUUCCCAUCAGCUCACCUGCCCGGAGCCUUCUCAGAAAGCAACAGUGGUUUUUCGCAGAGUGCCUCCCUGCCGCCAUACUUCUCUCACGGCCCUACCAACAGGCCACCUCCCAGAGGUGAAGGCAGGAGCUUUCCCUCGCCAGCUCCAAACAAACCUCAGCUACCAUCCCGUUCGGAAGAAGAGAAUUCAUUAAAUGAAGACUGGUACGUUUCUUAUAUUACCCGAUUAGAGGCAGAAGCGGCUCUUAGAAAGAUAAACCAGGAUGGCACUUUCCUGGUUAGAGACAGCUCUAGAAAAACAAUAACCAAUCCAUACGUCCUCAUGGUGUUGUACAAAGAUAAAGUUUACAACAUCCAGAUCCGUUAUCAGGAGGAAAGCCAAGUUUACUUGUUGGGAACUGGACUCCGAGGGAAAGAGGACUUUCUGUCUGUGUCAGAUAUUAUCGACUACUUCAGGAAAAUGCCACUUCUGCUCAUUGAUGGGAAGAACCGAGGUUCCAGAUACCAGUGCACAUUAACGUAUUCUGCAGGUUAUCCCUAG